UUGUCAACUAGUCGCAAAAGCCAAUGCCAAUCGCCAAGAACAGCAACAUUAUACACAAAAAACGCCAUUCAAUAAACCCACAACAUUGUCCAUCACUUGCUUUGAGAGAUAAAAGAGAACGGUCAGUGUGAAUUAACUUGACGAUUUAAGCGCGAUCAGAAAAACUACAGUACAAAGGCGACAUAGCGUGCACUAGCCUGUAUAGACCGGUUUUUCAACAUACUUGGAUACAAAAGUGGAACGAGAUGGCGACAUCGUUUCCAUAUCAUUCGCUUUUUUUAUCUACGAUCAAUAACCUUGGUAGUAUUUUGGUUUUUACCUGAACAUAACUGGUGUAUUGUUAUAAUCAUAAUAUUCUGCGCACGACGAUAUCUCACCAUUUACUGAUGCGAAAUGCAAUCCAUUUGAACGAGCAGCAUUAUUAUGAGCGUGUGGAUAUGACAGAACCGGCUUCGUGUUUGUGGCAAUUUCUUUGGAGGAGCAACAACCGUGAACGGAUCAUGCGUAUACUAGUGCUUUAUAUAUCUUUAUAUAUUACCAUCAACUCCAACGAAUCGAGCAUGACGAUACCUCACCAUCCACUAAUGCGAAUCACAAUCCGUUUGAACGAGCAGCAUUAUCAUGACCGUGAGGAUAUGACGAUAUUGGUUUCAUGCCUGUGGCAAUUUUUUUGGAAGAGCAACAGCUAUGGACGGACCAUGUGUAUUAUAGUGCGUCAUAUAUAACCAUCAACUGCAACGAUUCGCGCACAACGAUAUCUCACCAUCCACUGAUGCGAAUUGCAAUCUGUUUGAACGAGCAGCAUUACCAUGAGCGUGAGGAUGUGACAAUAUUGGAUUCAUGUCUGUGGCAUUUAUUGUAGAGGAGCAACAGCCGUGAACGGACCAU